CAAUCUUUGGUCUUACCGGUACCAUGAUCAGGUGAUAUUUGUGUACAUGCGCGCUAAGCGUGUACGAUCAGUCGAUCACCGGUCACCGACGCCGCGCCGGCACCGUGCACUGUGGACUCGACUGAAUCUUGACAACGUUCUUUUGCGCUGGUUCAUUCAGCUUUAAGGGUGCACAGUUUAUUAUUACCCCAAGCAGGCGGACUAAACCAUCAAAAGCGAACAGUCGGUUGGUUCUACAGGUACUUGUGUUACGAACUAGGCAAACAUGGCUGAAGAAGGAAUCAUCGGAACCAUGAGGUUGAGUGAGUUCUGGGAAUACGUCCCGGAGAAUCCACUCAAGCCUCCCGUAGAGAUGGCCUGGAACUACAUGACCGACAACUACACCCGAUUCCAGAUAGCAACUGUUGGUUCGGUUAUGGUGCACAUGUUGUCUUACUACCUGAUCAGCUUACCUUCGAUCAUUGCUCAGUUUCUACCCUUCAUGCAAAGGUUCAAGAUCCAAAAGGAUAAACCAGAGACUGCUGAGGGCCAGUGGAAAUGCAUCAAGCUGCUGUUGUUCAGCCAGUUGUGCAUUCAGUUACCUCUCAUCUGUGGGACCUAUGUCUACUGUGAAGUACUCAGUAUACCCUUUGAGUGGGACAAGAUGCCAGCCUGGUACGUACUGUUAGCCCAGUUCUACGGAUGCCUCGUCAUUGAAGACACCUGGCACUAUUUCCUCCACCGUGCCCUCCACGACAAGAGAAUCUACAAAUACAUCCACAAGGUUCACCACAAUUUCCAGGCCCCCUUUGGUAUGGUUGCUGAAUAUGCUCAUCCUGCUGAGACAAUGAUUCUGGGCCUGGGAACCAUGUGGGGCAUCCUACUCAUGGCUAACCACCUAGCCUUCCUCUGGGGCUGGAUGUUCGUCCGUCUCCUUGAAACCAUCGAUGUCCACAGUGGCUAUGACCUUCCCAUCAACCCUCUGCACCUCCUGCCAUUCUAUGGAGGCGCCCGAUUCCACGACUUUCACCACAUGAACUUCAAUGGCAACUACUCUUCCACCUUCACCUGGUGGGACAAGAUCUUUGGCACGGACCGACAGUACAAGGAAUACAUGGAGAAGGAGAAGGGGAACAAGAAAGAUUAAAUGCAGUCAAUCCCACCAAUGAAUGGACAAAAUAUGUGUCUAGCUGUAUAGAAAUAGGCGUGUUUCUGUUUUGGGGAGGGUAGGUCUAAAGUACUCAAACUCCACCUGAGCGCUUUCUCCCAAGUUUUGCCACUGGUUUUCAUUCAGCGUUAUUUUGCUCAGAAAUGGCAACAGCUUUGCAAAUCUCUCCAUAAAUUUGCCCCUAAGAUUUGUCUGCACAGCUUCACAUAACAUGUUAAUCUUUCCCACUGACCAUACCUGUGUAUAGAAACCACAAAAACUUGUUCGAAAGGAUUACCCUUGAGACAUUUUAAAGUGCACAAGAUUUGGUAAUGCUGUACAAUUUGUGGCCGGAAUACAUCACUUUAUACAUUCAUUGUUGAUGCCUCAUAAUUUUGCAUCAGUGAUCAGCAGGGUUGAAACGAAACCAACAAAUAUAUGCCAUUCUUACCAUUGAUUUUUUCUGUGUACGUUGGUCUUUAAUAAAGUGUUCAGUGGCAUUUUACUGCAGAAUUUUCUUUCUCCAUGUAGCCUUACAGAAUGACAGCAGCUUAAUGUUUUUACACAUAGAAUAUAUCCUAUAACAAAAAUAUUCUAGUGAAUACAAACACAUAUGAGAAUCUUUAACAUUUACCUUUGUAAAGCUAAAACCUAUUACAUAGGUGUAUUAAUCCGGUCUGAGUAUUCAUUGGAAACAUUUUACAAUGCAUGUUGUAAUAUAAGUAAUGAUUUAGAAAGUAUGUUUUAAAGCAAGAAUGUGAGCUGUUCAAAGUGAAUAAUAUUUAUAUAAUUGGCAAAAUCCAAAGCAAGGUAAAGAUUGUGUCUCAUGCUGUUUCCCUUUGUAAUAAAAGUAUUAGUGAACAAACCAAUGGAAAAAAAUGAGCAAAUUAUAAUGAGUUUCUGCUGCAACAUAUUGGCGCAGCUUUGAAGACCAUUCAUUGCUUCAGGAAUUUAAUGGUCAGUCUUUCGGUGCAGUAUUUCCAAUUGGAAAUCUGCGGCUAACUUGAUGCAGUCAUUUCCCUAGAGCUGGAAAAAGAAUGUGGGCAGCAUGCACCAUUGUUACCUGACCUUAUUGUCUACUGAUAAUUCUGUGAUUUAAGAAUAAGCAUUACAACACUCUGAACUUUGGACAGUUUGCUUUAGGCUAUCUGGCUGAAAGCCAAUAAAAGAUUGUGAUGUGAUGUGACGUGACCUUGUAUUUGAUGAAUUAAUUGUUUCAUCAUGCAGCGCAACAGUUGAAAAUGAAUUUUGUUGGAGGAAAAAAAUUAGACCUUUUUUUCAUUAUUACUUUGCGUAAAACUUUUUUUUCCAAGAUCAUAUGCUUGACUUAAAGAGUAAUUCCAAGUAAUGAAACAAUAUCACAGAAAAUAUCCAUGUCAUUUAAAUGCGGGUUAUUCAAGUGUGACAGUUGACCUGUUGAAAUUAUUUUCCACAUAGAAACUCUCUGUUAAAUUGCAAAUGCAUGUGUCAGAAUCUGGUGUUUGUUACUUGUGCUGGUUCAAACCAUCAAGUGCUAAGCUCAGUUUACAAUCUGUGCAUGUGUACCAGUUAAAACGUACCCAGUGUUAUGGUAGAAUAUGUAUAUUGUGUGCUAUAAGAAUAUAUGGGUGUAAUUUAUGAUUUCCCUAUUUUUUUAAUUUCCUUGAUUCUUGCAUUCCCCUUUCUCACUAUCAAAGAACUGUAAAGCCUGCACUUCUAGUUUGUUCUGAUUGUAGUGGCACUAAUAAAAUUAUAUCACAACCAUCAA